UUUGUGAUAUGCAAAUUAAACGAUGACGCAUACUAUUGGCUUCCGGCGAUUUCUUGAACAGCCAAUAGCUACUUUUCUUACUGAAAAGUUGGCAGCAGGGAGUUUGACGGGUAAGCAACUUGAUGCUGACAAGGGAAACGUCUUGCCAUAUUUGUGGGCGAAUGCUUGACUGGGAAUCGUCUUGACCGGGAAACGCCUUGAAAGGAAAAGACUAAUAAACCAUAAUUCGUCAUAAAUAUGCAACUUUCCACACCAGACUGAUUCCACACCCACCCCCCACCACAUGGUCGUACUGUUGGUACGCUCCGUUGCCAAGGUGCUGGUGGAAGCCAGUCUACACACCACGCCUGUUGUCAACUGUUAGCUCAACUUGUAGCAUUUGUCGCUGAAGGAAGUAAAGCUUCAUUCCUUCCAGGCUGCCAGAUGCAGCUACAUCCAUGUUAAUGUGUGACCAUGGACCACGAAGGGGUGCGGUCAGAGCAUGACCAGAUUUCUGUGCAGCUCCAGGGGGAUGGUUUGCCACCGGUGGUCAGUUCAGAUGAACCCCAGCGGAACCUUUGGCGGCGACUCCUCGACACAGAGGCGGAACUGCAGCAGUCCACUCAGGAGCUGCGUACUAUACGUUCGCAGCAGGCCAAUGAGAUGAAGGAGGUGGAUAGCUAUGUUACGCAUAUCCGUGGGCUGCUGCAACAGCGUGAGAGUGUGACGGCUGGCUAUGAAAGAGACAAUGAACAACUGCGACAAGAGCUGCACCAAAUCAGACAGCAACAAGAAAUUCAGAGCAAAGAGCUGGCAGAGAUGUUAGCCCAGGAAGACCUCGGGGAGAUGGGCCUGAGCAGCCCCAGCGAGCAGGUGGCUUACUUACUGGUGGAGAGGUCAACACUGCUUGAAAGACUAGAAGCUGCGGAAAGGAGUCUUGAGACCCAAAGCUUAUCUGGCAACAUGAGGGAUGUCCCGCCUCAGGGUUCAUCCCAGACUCCGUGGAAGAAGCUAUUUGGCUUGCGCAGGUCUGGUCAGAGCAAAACCAAUAUUACCCCUGCUCACAGUGAGGAACUUUCCCAUGCGCGUAACGAGCGCCAGCGGCUGGAGCAUGACUUGGAAGAGGCGUCGAGCAGGUUGGAGAUGGCUCACCAGGAAAUCCGCAGGCUCAACAGUGAGCUGGAUGUGGCCAAAAUCAACAGCCUAGAUGCCUGUAGGUCUGAGCUUCAGGAAACACUUCAAGAACUAGAGAUUCUGAGGAAAGAAGUGGACAAACUGAAACAAUGCGAUAUGAUGAAGCUGCAGAGAGCCAAAGAGCAAAGUGACAGAUUGGAUGCUGACAACAGAAGUCUGAGGGAGAGAGUCUGUUCUUUGGAGUCAGAGAAGAAAAAACUGCUUGAGGCGUUGGAAACUAGUGAGGAUGACCAGGCACCAAAUCAUGACAGAAGGCAAAAGCACAGUGAACCACAGAGCAACCCGGCUGACUUUUCACCUGAAGAAACUGAUCCAUCUCACAAACGCUGUCAUGCGGUGAUUGAAGACAGGCUUGUUCAUGUGAGAGAGCUGGAGCGCCAACUCCAGCGGGUUCGCAAGGAGCAGGAGGAGCUAGAGGAGAGGAACGAGGAGCUGGAAGCUCUGCUAGGGGAGGCCCAGAAUGCCAGCAAGGAAGAAAAGCAUCGUCAUGAGGGAGAGCUGGAGGAACUACAUCGGCGUCACCUACGAGAGAGCGCACCAGAGAGACUCGCUCUGCUAGAAGCUCGUCUGACUGAGGAGAAGGACUGGAGAAAACAACUGGAGUUGGACCUGAGUGCUGCACAAGCUGCCCUGAAAAAAGACAAGGAGGCUUUGCAGAUUGGUGAGCGAGAGCUGAAGAAGCUGAGACUUGAGGUCAACAGUCUCCAGACUGAAUGCCAACAAGGGAAAACACUCAUCAAGGGACUCAACCAAGUCAAGGGAGAAAAGGCAGUCCUGGAGGAGAAGUUAGCGCAGAUGGAGCGCGCCCACCGCCGACUCCAGAGUGAGAUGGAGUGCCAUAAGAGCAGCAAGCAAAUCUACGACCUGCAGGAAUACAGAGUACAGGUGGACCAGCUUCAAGAGAAGACUGGCCUACUAACCAAAGAACUCAGCAGCCUUCAAACAGAGCACAACAAACUCAGGGACGAGACGGCGUCUGAGCGGAAGCAGACGGCUGAGCUGCAGGCCAAGCUGAGUGACAGCAUUCAGAAGAAGCUGGCUGUUGAAGGGGAAAAAGAGAAGCUGGAGGUUGAGCUUCAACACCUUAAGGAGCAACUCCAACAGCGGGAACAGCUCUCUUUGACUAAUGAGGCACUUAGAAGAAACCUGAAAUGUGUAAACUUUGAGUCAAGUUUUGGUCCUACAGAGAAGACCAAAGAGACGUGCUUGGAUCAGCAAGAGAAUCACAUGCAGACCAAACAGGUGGAGGUGCAGCAACUGACCUCUCAGCACCAUCUGGCUUUGCAGGCACAGGUCAAUGAAACCCAGGCACACAUCAAGUCCCUGGACAUAGUGCUAAAUCAGAAGGCAGAGGAGGCUAAACAGAUGAAGCAGGACCUGCAGAGGGUACAGAGUCUGUUCACCUCAGCAGAGAGAGAGCUACGGUAUGAGAAGGAGAAGAACAUGGACCUGAAGAGACACAACACCCUGCUAGACAAUGAAAAACUCAAGCUUUCAGCAGAGCUGAACCAGGUCCAGACCAAACUAGUCCAGAUGGAAAAGAGUCUUCACACUCAGACCGCCGAGUUAGAACGCCAGCAGCAAAGAAUCAGAGAACUGGAGUUGGAACGGGCACGCAACUCCGCCAGCCGCGAUGUCACCACCGGUUUGCAAGAAGAGCUGCAGGUUGAGAGAGCAAGGGUCAUUGCGGCUGACAAGAAGGUGGUAGAACUACAGCAACAACUCAAGACCACCCAGCACCAGUUGCGCAUGGAAGAAGCCCGGGCCAGCGAGACCUGCCGCCUGGAGCGGGACAGCAGGGAUCUAUCUGACACCUUGUCAUCCCUCAGAGCCAAACAGCAGGAGGACCACAUCAACAGGAAGCUCUUAGAGCAGCGCGAGGAGGAGCUCCAGCACCAAGUACGUUCCCUGAGGUUGAAGGAGGCAACACUCACCAGGACCAAUGCUGAAUUCAGCCACCGAGCACAGCAGCUAGAAUCAGAGCUUAACAAGGCUCGAGAGGAGGCAAAAGAUAGUCAAGCAUCUUGCCGUAGACUGAAGGACGAUCUGGUGGGCUCUCAGCUGGAGUGUGACAGAAUGCAGGGAGAGCUGAAGCAGGUUUUCCUACAACUGAACACAAAUAUCAUGAAGCACAAUGAAAAACAGCGUAGAAACAAGAGCAAACUACAUCAGGCCAGGCAGCUCUUACUCACAGCCACUGCACAGAGGGACAACACCAUACAGAAACUAGAGAAUGAAUUGACUCUGGCUGCCAGCCUCUCGCACAAGGCAAAGGAGAGCAUCCACAAUAUGAUGGAGGAAAAUGAAAAGCUUCUGGAGGAGAGGAGGAUGCUGUUGCUGAAGAUAAGUGAGGCGGAGGAAAUGGGCAAUAACGGCAUGAGGGCCGCGUCUACUGUUCAACACAGGGUCAGCGUCUUAGAAGUAGAAAACAGGCGACUACAGGAUGAAACCCUAAAGCUGUCUAAUCAGGUCAGUUCCUUGGAGCGUGCCCUGAGGAAUGCCCAGUCCUUCAUUAGCAGUGAGCAGGAUUCAAAGAGAAUGCACUGUGAGAGGAUCCUGCAAAGAUCUACAUUAAGCCUAACGUCUGCUUCCUUUGACCCACGGGAAUGUUUGGAUGCAAUCUGCCGAACUAAGCACGUGUCGGACAGCACGGGAGCAUCUGUCUCCACACCGCAGCCAUCAGAACAAGGCUACCUGAACCUGGUCUCCCCACUGUUUCCUACUGACUCCACCCUGGGGAGUCCAAAUAGCAAUGAUGAUGCAUAAGGGCCACCCAGCAAGGAAAGAAAGUGGAUACAAAAGGUAAAAAUCUAUAUGUAUUGUAAAGAUUCACAUUACCACUAUUUGAGUUACAGCCUAGAGGGUGUGCCCUGAAGCGGCCAUGGGGGGAAUAAAUUCAGCCUGUUUUGAAAAUCCAAGGAAAUAGAGCUGGAAUAGGUACAAAUGCUGGGAGACGAAAAAUCAGCAUAAUAGGUCCCCUUUAAGGAAAUCUAACUGACGAUAUUUAAAACUGAGCACUUUAUAAGUCAUUUCAGUAUGUUUACAUUUGGGAUGAUGUGCAGUCUGUCAACAUUUGUAUUAAAAUUCAGGGAUAUUGUCUAUAAUCUCAUGAAACUACAAAAAACAUUUAAACAAGAGGGCGGCAGUAAAGUACGGUAGUUUCCCGGUGAGGAAUGGUGGCCUGGGGGGUUGGUUGGCAGGUAUGACAGUGGAGCAGGGGGAUGUUGUGUUUGUGUUUUUAAACAUGUUGCAUGAAAAAUCGCCAACUGUAUUACAUUUUUAGAGGUUUGUCGUCAUGUAGCGAUAAAGUGGAACCUGUGUAGUAACGACGACAUAGUAUAAAUGCCACUCCGGUAUUCACCAUGUAUUGUUUGUACUUUUAAACAGUCAACGAGAAAAUGAAGGCUAUUUCGUUAAGAGACACUCUGGAAAGGUUCUUGUACACUAAGAAAGACCUUUUUGUUUUAUACAAUCACAUGUACGUAUGUAAUGUAUGUUUAUAUAUAUAUAUAUAUAUGUGUGUGUGUACCGUAUUUUCCGUACUAUAAGGUGCACUAAAAAGCCUUCAAUUUUCUCAAAUCAACAUUGUGCCUAAUAAUGACCCUAGUGAGUUCCAAAAUAUGUAAAAAUAUUGUGCUUUUGGUAAGCGCUCUGCUUGAUUGAUUAAUACAUACGUAUACGUAUUGGUAUACUAGAUAUACUAGGCAAAUCAACAUCCCAUCUCACCGCAACUCUGAAAAUCCAAGUGACUCAAAUGUGACCCGGCAUGCUUGAUGGCAAAAUUACCCAGCUGUUGGAUUCAGGUACAGAAGAAAAUGGAUGGAUAGACGGAUGGAUGGGUGUGCUUGGGUGCAUUAUUGCUGCUGGGUAAAAUUUGAUUUUGUAGUUGACAUGAAAUUCCAAAGAAACCUUGCCACUUGUACAUGUGUAAAUGUUUUCAAACACCUAUUUUCCUAAAUAAACAACACAUCAUGAACACAA